AUGUCUGACCAACUGCCAUCCAACUGUCAAGAUCCUAAAUUGUCUGAAAGUCCGAAUCAGUAUUCUUUCGAAACGCUGAAUAAUUUCUACUCGGGAGCACCCAAAUCAGCAACGUUGCAUCCACUUGGUCGCCUUAUUCAUAAUCUACCAACACUCAGAGGGAAUAGCAUCCAUUCGAUUCAGGAUCCUAAGAGCCCGUCCCACAAAUGGACCGCGACCGACAGAUUACGUCUCAUUCAUUUUCUUCAAGAAAUCCAACUUGAUAGAGCUUUGGAUGUGUUGCCGGACAAUUGCACGUUUGAACAUUUGUUGAAAUGUUCUCUAGAGGAUCUCCGUGCUGUGUUCACUGGUUACCUGACAGAGUCUGAAAUAAAUUCCCUCUAUUCAGAUUUACAUUCCUAUGUACUCAUCAACAAAUGUGAGACAGAGUCAUGUGUGCGUUCCGAGGAAUCUCACCUCAGAAGGUGUUCCGAAACUCGUCCCUCCGAUCCUCUGCGACAAGCAUCUGCAUGUUCUCAACACUACUCUCGUCCAUCACUAGGUUCAUAUACAUGUACAUCUACAGAAUCUUACUCAACGGGCAUGAAACACAAGUCGUUAGACCACUCAAACUCGCUAACGUCGGAAGGAAAACAAUGUAAUUAUGACUGCAGCUUACUGAGAUCGGGAUUAGAACAACUCUCCAGAAAUGUCAAACGUGCAUCUUCGCUUGGUUCAGAUGACAUAACACAAAUUAUCCCAAACUGCCGUCCAUCUUCUUUGUCUAUGUCAUCAGCAGUAACAGAUAGUCACUCACUUCCUCUUCAAGAAGGUAGCAACACGAAGUCUAGUGCAUAUCCCGAUUCAUGUAUAACUCAGGCUGAUCUAUCGACCUCUGAACUUCAGAAAAAUUUGCAAUCAUCACGAAGUGUUUGUGAAGACCAAGCUAAAAACUAUCUGACAUGUUCUGUUAUCCCAGCAUCUUAUAAGAUACAACGACAACAAACAGAUACAAAUUCAUUUUCUGUAGCCUCCAGUGUUUCGUACGCAAUUCCUUUCUAUCGACAUGGCAACAAUGACUCGCAACUUUCCCCAUAUUUUCCAAGCCAUUUCUCAAAUUACGAUGGACAUUCCAUCCCAAGUAAUCUCUUACGACUCAAGAGUAGCUUCAUUGGUCAGUCUGCACCGAAUUUAUUACACUAUAUGCGGGAUCCGAACUACAACGAAUUUUUAAACUGCAGGAAUUCUUAUUUACAUAUGUCAUCAACCUAUACUCCACCUUCGGACAUAAAAAGCUCAAUCAAUCCAAAUGCUCCAGGUUUACACACUUCUGAGAGCCCUAAAGGUGAAGAAGUCGCUGCACACUCUAAUAAACAUUCUUGUGAGAAGUCACCACUCUCAUCCACUUCCGUAGCAAUCAGGAACACAAAUGAGAACACUCGGACUCUUACUUCACUUCCUUUCCAUGCUCAGCGACGUAGCAUGUUAGUGAGUGGUUUGGGUAGCCUUAGUGGUAGCAGUGGUUGCAUGGCUGAUCGAAGUAUGUCCAGUCCCGCUCCUUCCAAUGAACCUGGUAGUCCGUUUUUCUCUGCUGCUUCUUUUCCUCACAAUGAUAUGGUAUACUUUUUAUCACCAAAGAACCAUAUUGUUACAUGUGAAUCACAGUUAGCUAAAUCAUCUGAGCACAGUGGUGAUCCAAGGUCACAACCAGAAAUAUCAUAUGCUCAUCAAGUCUCAGGUCAACUGCAGGACAAAAGUAUGCAACAACCGAUAAUAGCACAAACAAACCACAAUGGCUCUGCAAGUAAACAUAUUAGUGAUACCGGUGCAACUCAACAGUUAUAUGAUACUUCAUUAACAGAGAAACGGAGUUUUCCUUUACGCUUACCUUUAGUCAAUAAGCAUACUGUUGAUUCUCGUCGUUGGUCAAUAGCCUCAUUACCUUCAUCAGGUUAUGGGACAAAUACAUCAGAAAGCGGAAGUCACUUAUCUCGUAGUCGGUGUUCUUCAAGGGAAAAUAUAUCCCAUGUUCCUCCUGUUCAAACUAGCGUACAACAUCUAACCGGCCUCACAGCCUCAGGACAUAAAAAGUAUCAAACAUCUGGACAAAUUAUGCCCGCCAAAUGUUUACCGGUUGAACGUUCUUUGUCCAUGAGAUCACCUUCAACACCUGUAUCUUCACAUUUGCCGAGCUCUGUAUCCCCAUUGUCAUUCUCAUCGUCUGUCAGCCAGAAUGAAGCAUCAUCAAGCAUUUAUUCGCGUUCACCAAAGGACUCGUAUACAUCAGAAACAGGAUUCGAUAAUUCACCUCUAAAUGUUUCAUCUCCAUUAUGUGCUCCAGUGUGUGGUGUAGAUUCUAAAAGUGUACCACUUACUCCUGUUGCUCGCACGUCGCCUAGAAUUGCACAUGUUUCUACAAAUGGGUCUCAAAUUUGUUUAAAUUCUGUGUUCGGAAGUUGUCGAACACGUUCUCGUAGUUUGAGUCCAUUACGUGUAUCGAAUGUUGGUGGUGAACAAGAUAUACUACUGUUAAAUCAUGUAUAUCGAGAACGUUUCCCGAAGGCUUCUGCUCAUAUGCAAGAUCAAUUGGCUUCUCUAGCUGAUGAGAUUGAAAAUAUGGAUACAGUAUCUUGGUCUGCAGUAGCAAGGUUUGUUCACUGUCAAGUUGUACAACACGCUCGGGAUUGUCUUCAAAAGGCUCUUUCUGGUCUCGUAACUUGCCGUUACUUUUAUGAAAUGACCGAAAAUUUAGGCAAGCUUAUUGAAGAUACGCGUGCUCGAGAUGCAGAUUCCAUUCCUCUUGUGGUCACUUUUGUUCGUCGUCUCCUCUUGAUAAUCGCACGCCCAGCCCGUUUACUUGAGUGUUUAGAAUUUGAUCCAUCUGAAUUUUAUCAGUUAUUGGAAGUUGCUGAAAAUCACGUACAUCGUCGUACACAUUCAGUUAGCCUACCAGGAUCUCAAAUCGUAUCAGCCGAUGUGCCUCUGUAUAUCAUUUCAAAGUUGGGUCUCAGUAAAACAGCACUAGAUGAGUCACAUAAUAUUGAAUCUUCACGUAUUUGUCGUUCUGACAUAGAUGGUUCAUCUCACUUAGAAAAAUUCAAGCCUGACUCCACUGUUAGAACUAGAACAACAAGUGGGUCCAACCUGGAAACUUGUGUGAACGCAGCGAACGAACCUGUAGUACGAACAGCACGUAGUUCUAGCAGUUACGCUCCCAUUCGUCCUCCAUGUGAAGCUGACUUUGAAGUCAUUAAGCUGAUAUCAAACGGUGCUUACGGUGCUGUUUAUCUUGUGAGACAUAGAGUAACUCGACAACGGUUUAGUUUAAAGAAAAUUCGUAAACAACACCUUCAGUUGCGCAAUCAAGUGGAACAAGUUUUCGCUGAACGGGAUAUUAUGAGUUUUGCAGAUAACCCAUUUGUGGUUAGCUUGUGUUGUACAUUUGAAACGAAAAAAUGUUUAUGUAUGGUUAUGGAGUAUGUUGAAGGCGGUGAUGUAGCAACUUUAUUAAAACAUAUCGGUGGGCCUUUACCAUUAGAUCUGGCUAGAAUGUAUUUUGCAGAGACUGUAUUAGCCUUGGAGUAUUUGCAUAAUUACGGGAUAGUUCAUCGCGACUUAAAGCCAGACAAUCUGCUGAUAACCCAUGAAGGUCAUAUCAAGUUAACUGAUUUUGGCCUGUCUAGAAUCGGUCUGAUGAAUUUGGCCACCAAUUUAUACGAGAAAAAUUUAGAUUUAGAAAAAGACUGUAAAAUGUUUCGUGAUAAGCAGGUCUUUGGAACACCGGAAUAUAUUGCUCCCGAAGUGAUUCUUCGUCAGGGUUAUGGCAAACCUGUUGACUGGUGGUCCAUGGGUAUCAUGUUGUAUGAGUUCCUUGUGGGAUGUGUCCCAUUUUGUGGUAAUACUAUAGAGGAACUUUUUGAUAACAUAAUAACAGCACCGAUCGAUUGGCCUGAAGAGGAAGAAUGGAAAGUCACUCCAUCUGCUGUUGAUAUUAUAACAAGACUUCUUGAACGAGAUCCUCUACUUCGUCUUGGGACUGUCGGAGGGUCCUCUGAGGUGAAGGAGACUCCGUUUUUCUCUGGUCCUAGUGCAGUAGAUUGGAACAACUUGCUAAGGCAGAAAGCUGCUUUCGUACCUCAACUUGAACACGAUGAAGAUACUUCGUAUUUUGAUCCACGUACUGAUCCCGCUCGAAAUUUCAGUUUUAAUUCUUCUACUGAUCAUACCUUAACGAGUAUUAUUCGAAGACCUGCAGCUUCACGUCUUGGACGCGCUAAGCAACAAGCAAUUGAACAUAAACGUAGUCAUAGUCUGGGGGAUAGUAACAACUUAUUCCUUCAUCCAUUUAAAUCACGCUCAAAAGUCGAAUCACUCAUUCAUUCAGAACUAAGUAGUUCUAGCUCCCAGCGGUCUUUGUGCUAUCAGAAAUAUGGAUCUGACAAAGUGGAACAUGAUUUAGUAACGUCUACUUUAACUCCAGAAUCUGUAGCAGGUCGUAAUGCAUUACAUAUGUUACAAAAUUUAUCGUUAACCUCCAGCAACUUGGGAAGUUCCUUAUCUCCGAAAUCCACAAGCGAUAAUGGUAUUCAUAGUCAGGAAACUUCAGUAUUCAAAAACAAGCUGGAAAAGUUAAAUAUAGAUAUUACAAAACGCGAGUCUUCUGAUGAUGAGGUUGGCAACAGUCAGAAUGUCAGUGAUGAAUCGCAUUUAAACGCCAAGCAUUCUGUUACUGAAGUUCCCAAGGAUUGCACUCUAUCUAAGACAGAUGAGCAGAUGUCAAUUUCAGACAAACAGGACAUUAUUCCUUCCGACCAUAUUUGCAAAGAAGUUUCUAGAUCAUCAGAUAUUCAACCAUCUAAUACCCAGGAUGUUCCAGCAUGCUUCAAAUCAGAUCAGUGUCCGUCGAAGUUUACUAGCUCCAGUGUUGUUGUUCCUUCAAUCACCCAUACUGCUACUGAAAAUACGGCGACUAUUAAUCCAAAUCUCGAAGAAUCAGGUGAAUGGCAUAUGGUUUCUGAUGUCAAUGAAGAUUGCAAAUCUUCAGAAUCAGAUUCUAACUCCAGUUUGGAACUCUCUUCAUACAAUUCACUCAUUCCGUCUUCUAUCAAUUCUUCCUCUGUAAAUGAAUCAGAUUUACCAAUAUAUCAAACUAUUGCUCCUAUCUCUUCAGAAUCAGCUCAAAAUUCUCCACCAAAAACAAAACUUUUACUUGACGCUGCACAAUCCCUUAGUAAUACCUCAAAUUCUUCAAAGUCAGUUUUAAAUUCCCCAUCCACUACGUCAUUUUCAUUGACCACUGUUACUCCUCUUCCAACACCUCAUCCAGACUCAUGUCUCUCGCUAAUUUCUGAUGGUUCUGCUUCACACAAAAGACCUUGGUUUCUGAAUGUUGAUUUGAAACCAGAAGGUGAACUAAUGGCUCAUCGCGGUACGACAGUGACUACAUCUGCUGAUUGUCACCAACGUACUACACGUACGUGCAUGUCUUUCAAAAGCACUUCACCUAUCCCUUGUCAAGUCAGUGGAAGUCAUACAACCCCUGUUAAUACGUGUUGUUCUCAUUUACCAUUCCCAGCCCAGCAGUUACCACCUCGCUUAUUGCUCAUUAACGACAAUUCUUCUCGUAUUAUGCACCCAUCCAGUCCUCCUGUGGUUCCUAAUACCCCUAAUGUACUAUCAUUUUUGUCUAAUUCACCUGGUGUUCCUCGCCAGGCAAUUAUAAUUCAUAAAGGAAAACAAGGUUAUGGUUUUGUUUUCCGAGCUAUUCGAGUAUUCUUCGGUCGAUCUGAUGCGUAUACAUUACAUCAUCUUGUAAUUGGGGUCGUACCUCAUGGUCCAGCAGCCAAAGCCGGUCUCAAAGAAGCUGAUCUGAUUUUGAGUAUUAAUGAUGUGUCAACCAUUGGAAUGUACCAUACGGAUGUUGUCAAGUUAAUUUUACAGAGUGGGACUACUUUACGUCUCCAUGCAACACCGAUUAGUCAGACCUUCAUUCGUUCUGACGGCCCAUAUCGCUCUUCUGGUCGUCUUAUUCCCCGUGUUUCUCCAACAGAUCAUUUGUCAAAUAAUAAUAAUAAUAAUAAUAACUAUACGACCAGGUAUUUGAGUCAAUUGUCGGACAAGCAGGCCUCUACUUCUUAUAUACCAUCUAACUCCUUCAGAACUUGUCUAACUAAUGUUCCUGGGGUACCUGAAGAUGUUUCAUCAUCAAAUUUUGAUGUGAAGUCUUAUGCUUCAGUGUGUGCAUCGAAUAAUUCAAGAAGCACUGAUGGAGUUGCCAGACGCGUAAAUCGACGUUUGACAGUUAGAGAGGGUCGACAGCGUCAUUUAAAUGCCAGAAAUUUAGAACCCAAAGUUGAGUGUAUGCAACCAGAUACUAGUUUGAACCCCUAUUGCCAUCAUUCGGAUUCUGCACCAGACGGCGCGCAUCCAGAGAGAUCGAGAAGUAGCUAUUCUACGUCGACAGCUUGUUCUAAAGGAUCAACUCAGACUUAUGCUUCUGUUGCUGCGCAGCGAUUCGGUAUUACUCUCAAUCAAUUGUGUACAAAUCCCCUUCCUUCUAACCCAACUUCGCAAAAUAAUUUGUUCUUCCCAGCACACCGAAGAUCACUAGAAAAGCCUCUUAUUCGUCAGUUGAGUGAACGACAACAUCGAGCUCUGUUCCUUACGACUGAUGAUGGAUCACCGUCACAUAAUCCUGCAAUUUAUUCUGCGCGAAAUGUAUUCUCUUCCAAUUCGUCUCAUCAAAGUCCCAGGUCUGAUCAUCAUCAGCAACAUAGCGUUUUUAAUUUCCACAGACCAUCUCUAACGGUCACUUCAAGUUCAUCUGGCUCGUCACUGUCCUCUUCUAGUUGGUACUCCGGAGGAGGAGAAUUGUCUUCUCAUAGUUCUCCUGGGUCCGGUAGUCCUUCUGUUCCUUCCGUUCCUCGAUCGUAUGAUGCUACUCAUCCACCUCUUAAUCCAUUUCAACAGGCACGUUUUGGCAGUUUACGUGCACCGUCUAAUUCAGCUACUCAGUUUGUCAAUCCACAUAUGGAAAAUUCCUCAGUUAAGUUACCAUUCGCCUGUCAACAAGUAACCAAAUCUGCAUUUAUUCCACAGAAUCGCAACGCCUCUCAAUGUAGACAUAGCGAUCCAGUACGACCUAUUGGAAAACCACGGGGUGCUCGAUCUAUCUGUUCUGUCGUAUCCAACACUCAGAACCCUUACACGUUUACCGUUUCAGUUCAAGCUUCUGUCUCAAAUCCAUCUCAAAAUCCUGUCCAAAAUGUUGAUUUAGACAAAUUCUCAGUUCAAGCUAAUGCUUUAGUGUCAUCAGGUCAGGUUCGACUGCGUAGACAUAGUCAUCGGUUUGCUGUUCAACAUGUAGCGUCACCCAGUAGUCCAGCAGAAAGUGGGGAUGAAAAAUCUAAAAACCAUCCAUAA